AUGGAUGGCUUGGUUGAGCAGAACAGCGUGCUGAUGCACAGUAAGAUCGCCGAAGCUGGGAAAAGGAAUGGUUUAAUAAAUACGAGGAACUUAGUGGCAGAGAGCCGGGAUGGUCUGGUCUCUGUGUACCCAACCCCCCAGUACCAGAGCCACCGAGCGGGCAGCCUUUCAUCUCCGAGCUGCCUGGAGAAGAGCAAGCAGACAGUGGAGUCUCACUACCGGCCCAACAUUAUCCUCUACUCGGAGAACGUGCUGCGCUCGUGGGGUGAGAGCAUCGGCUCAGAGUGCUGUGAAACCACCUUCAUCGAGGACCGCUCUCCCACCAAAGACAGCCUGGAGUACCCAGACAGCAAGUUCAUCGACCUCUCAGCGGAUGACAUCAAGAUUCACACCCUCUCCUAUGAUGUGGAAGAAGAGGAGGAUUUCCAGGAGCUAGAGAGUGAUUACUCAAGUGACACCGAAAGUGAAGACAAUUUCCUCAUGAUGCCACCAAGAGAUCAUCUCGGCCUCACUGUGUUCUCCAUGCUCUGCUGCUUCUGGCCAUUGGGAAUUGCUGCCUUUUACCUGUCUCAUGAGACAAACAAAGCAGUAGCCAAGGGGGACUUCCACCAUGCAAGCUCCAGCUCCCGGCGAGCACUCUUCCUGGCUGUCCUGUCCAUCACAAUUGGAACUGGCAUCUACGUUGGGGUGGCUGUGGCUCUUAUUGCCUAUCUUUCCAAAAACAAUCACUUAUGA